GCUCGAGAUUUUAUUCAACUGUCUGUGAAACGAGAGGAACUGGCUACUGGAUAGUAAGUUUUGUACACUAUUAUUCGUGCCCCUCCCCAAUUGAAAGUUUCGAUGUCUGUUGAAACUCGUGUAGCCCUAUAAGAAAGAGCGGUUUACUUCAAGAGGUUGUCAGACUGUUUUGGUAGCGUCUGUCGAUUGCACAUGGAGCCUCAUACAGAAAUGGACGGGACAUCGACUGUGGCCGAUUCGGGCAAGAAGAAAAAAUGUGUCGCUAUAGUUGGAGGAGGUUUGGUUGGUGCUUUGAAUGCGUGUUUCUUUGCGCAAAGAGGUCUUGACGUCUUGCUGUUUGAAUCCAGAGACGAUAUCAGAUGUGCCAAAGUGGUGCGUGGAAGAAGUAUAAACCUGGCUCUGUCACAUCGAGGGCGCCAGGCCUUGAAGCAUGUUGGCAUGGAGGAGGCGAUUACUAACAAGGGCAUUCCGAUGCACGCUCGUAUGAUCCACUCUCCAAGUGGGAAAAGGACGGCCAUUCCCUAUGGAAAGAAAGGCCAGUAUAUCCUCUCCGUAGAUAGAGCCAACCUCAACAAGGAGCUACUAACAGCCUCGGAGGUUUUCCCCAAUGUGACUCUGCACUUUGAUCGCAAACUGCUGGACUGGAGCAAAGAUACAGGGGCGAUGACUUUUGCUCGGCCCGAUGGAACCAAGGAGCAGUUCCAGGCGGAUCUCAUAGUGGGCUGUGACGGGGCGUUCUCCGCCAUCCGCAAGCAGUUCCUGCGCCAGAGCCGCUUCAAUUACAGCCAGACAUACAUCCCCCACGGCUACAUGGAGCUCACUAUUCCCCCCACCAAGGAUGGAAAAUUUGCCAUGGAGACCAACUACCUGCACAUCUGGCCCAGGAACACCUUUAUGAUGAUCGCUCUGCCAAAUUUAGACAAGACCUUCACCUGCACGCUCUUCAUGCCUUUUGAUGAGUUUGAGAAGAUCACCACACCCAGUCAGGUUAUGGACUUCUUCAGCACGUAUUUCGCCGAUGCCAUCCCACUCAUUGGAGUUGACGCGCUGAUGAAGGACUUCUUCCGGCUUCCCGCUCAGGCCAUGGUGUCCGUUAAGUGCUCCCCGUAUCACCUGGGUAACAAGUGUGUGCUCAUGGGAGAUGCGGCCCAUGCUGUUGUGCCUUUCUACGGUCAGGGCAUGAACGCAGGUUUUGAAGACUGUCUCGUCUUUGAUGAAAUAAUGGAGCAGCUUAAUGAGGAUUUUGAUGCCGUGCUACCAGAGUACACACGCGUGCGAGUUCCUGAUGACCACGCCAUUGCCGAUCUUGCCAUGUACAACUACAUCGAGAUGCGGGCCCAUGUCAAUUCCAAGUGGUUCAUAUUCCGCAAGUAUGUUGACGACCUCCUACACGUCAUCAUGCCCAAGACCAUCAUCCCUCUCUACACAAUGGUCACAUUCACAAGAACCAGGUACCACGAAGCAAUACAGCGAUGGCAUUGGCAAGACAAGGUGAUAGGCAGAGGCCUGUGGAUGUGUGGAGUGGCCUCCGUGGCCGGGGGCUCGUACAUGCUCGUGAAGCAUCCUCCCAAGAAUGCCAUGGUCCUCCUGGAACAGCUGUGGAACCGCGCCAUGGAACACAAGUGGUUCUAAGAAGACUGGAACACCAGGCGGGGGCUGCUGCUUUCUUAAAAUAAACAUACAGUACUCCAGUCCCAUUCCCUGAGGUGUCAGUCCUGGCUUCCGAGAGUAAAAAAACACCCUGCCGCAUAUUUCAUUCAACCGUGUUCUAUUCCAACUGAUCUUAAUGAGCUAAGGAAUCAUCUGAAAGGCAAACUGUGUGAAUUUGUGAAAUUGCCUCUGCUACGUCUGUGAGGUUUCUCAUUCAUCCAGAUUAUACUAGGUCUCAAAUUAGCCAAGCUGUGAGCCACAAAAGCAUAUUUUUUUUAGCUAGAAAAGCGCUUUUUAUUCAGUCCGGCUUGUGUUCUGUCUGCACCUUCUGUGCGAACUGCGUCAAAGGCACGAUUAUGUAUGUACGAUCGGUAGCAGGUGUUUUUACCUUCGGAAACUGGGAUUGACACUUCUGACCAUUGCAAUGCCGUCCUCUUUUAUUGUGCUUCCCCUCCUCCGUGUCCCAAGAGCUUCUCCUCAGAGUCCCCUCUGACAGACAUGGGGGGGUAGAGGAACCGCUUCACCGCUGACCUACUUCUGAAGCGGGUAUUAGAGUGGACGUAUGAUGAGAUGCUGAUUAGAUCAGGGACCUGGGAGGUGCAGCCUUCGCAUUGUUUGUCUUGACAUGCCGGACGACCACCACCGCGUAACUCAAUCCAAGAUAAUUAAACAUCACAAUUCAUUUACACACGCGGCAUUCACACCGGACUAGUAGGUCAGUGUGUUAGCGUGCUGUGCACUGUAUCCACCACACCAACAUGUACAGACAGACAGACAGACAGACGCACGCACACGUACAAACGCGUGCGUGCACACACACGCACACACACACACACGCACACACACGUCCUUUAUGGUUGUCCAUAUGUUAAGUGGACAGUUAUAGCUACGGUGAGCCCACACGGAAAUGUCUCCGCCAGUUAACCUUAUCUUGGCGGUCGAGUUGAUAAGAUGAUAAUUGUGCCUAUUUAAUUGCCUAGAUAUCCCUGCAUAUGGUAUUUACAUAAUGAAUGUCAAACAAAAUGACAAGGAAAUUGGAGUCACGAAUCGGUGGACAUGUGCCAUUACUAUUUUUAAAAUAAAUUUACAUUUUUUUCCCUAUA